AUGUCCUCUCUGGGCCCCUCCAUGGCCGACACGCUACCGAGCACCGACUUUGGCUUCGAUGAGCUACGUGAUCGCAUGGCCAAGUUCACCGCCAAAUUCGAUGCCUUUAUUGAGCAAGGACGCAAACGUGUCUUGGAAGAACGCAACAACUUCCGCAUGAACGUCGCGGAGCUACAAGAAGACCAGCGCAUGAAGAAGCGCGAUAUUGAGAUUGUCCAGGCGAAGACAUCGACCCACGCGCAGACGGUCGAGAAGGAGGAGGCGGAGACACGGGAGAUUGAGAGUGCCAUCGAAGAGCUAGUGCGCCAGAGAGACGAGCAGAACGCGACGAGGGAGGCGCUCAGGGCACAGAUUGAGCAGACGCAGGCGGAGAUUGACAAGCGUCUCGCUGCGCAGAGAGCGUAUACGCAACGGCAGGAGGCACAGUCGCGCUUCAACGUGCCUGAGCUGGACUUUUGGAUCCAGAAUCUGUGCUUGACAAUUCACGGCGCCGGGCGCGAGGAGCGGCUCAAGUUUGUGUAUACACACAUUGACGAGAAGGACUGGGAGAGGGAGGCCUGGUUCGAGCUACUGACAGGAUCGAGGGACUACGAUAUCAAGCAUUGCCGUCCCAAGCUGGAGCGCGAGAAGGUGGAAAAGGUGCUUGACAAGCCCCGCCAUUCAACGCGCUCAUCGCGAAACUCCCACCUCCAAACCACCAUCGCCAGCAUGCCAGAGCAGGACAAGCACGCCGCCGCGCAAAAAGCUAACUGCCACCUUGACCGCCGGACGCUGUCGAUAUGUAUCUCCAUGAUUGAGAGAGGCGUCAACCCGGAGGCGCUUGCUCAAGUUGUCAAGGAGUUGAGGCAAGAGGCACAGUCAGUGCAGCGACCGUCGUGA